GCCGCCUGGCUGCUUUAUCUUGCUUCACGCAUUUCGGUCACACUCGGAUUGUAGUAAACACUAUUUGCUUCGUUUUCCAGUAUUAUUGUAGCCUUCAUUAAACGUUCCCAAUAUUGGGAUAUUUGUGAAUGAGACGGACAGUGUGUGGUGAGAUUCAUGUUGGCGAUCAGCUUGUCCGUUGUGUGUCCAAAAUAACUUACUUCUGUGACUGUUUCGGCGGACUAGCGGUUUUGAAAGCUUGUGAAGAACACUCCUUGGAAAAUUGUGCGUUUAACCUAGCAACUAUGCAAUGAAAUGUCUUCAAUCCCAAAGUAAUUAUUUCGAUCUGGUGAAGACAUUGCCAUUGGCUACAAUACAACACCUCAGUCUAGCACCAUCUAGCACCCACCAUGACCACAGUGGAGGACGCAGAUGCCACUGAUGUUAUUGGUGAUGACACACUUGAUGGUGAAGAUGUCGUGGACCUGACGUAUGAAACGACAGAAACAUCCGUCAUCGACUUGACAAAUAAUGAUUCUGUUGUGUUGGUAGAUGAAGGUCCCCAAAGUCAAAGUGAUCCAGAUGAUCCUGGGCAUUCCAGAGCCAGGAUCUUUACACCUCCAUCCAGGAAUACCAGCACCAGGUCUAUGCCAGGGGUGGUGAACUGCCCCAUCUGCUUCGAUCUUUAUUCAGAGAUCGUGCAGAGUGGGAGAGUGAUGGUAUCCACCAUCUGCGGCCACACCUUCUGUAGCCAGUGCCUACGCGACUCCCUCACACACGCACGCACAUGUCCCACAUGCAGGAAGAAGCUCUCACACAAACAGUACCACCCUAUCUAUUUCUGAUAUGGAGAGCAAUGCUGACACUACCACCCCAUCUGCCUUUGAUGGACAGCAAUGCUGAGGGUUCUUUCUGUUAUCCCAACUCGCGUCCUCGGCCAGUGCUUAUGGCCGCACACGUCACUGACGUCCUGCCUUUGUGGAGAAAAUGGUAAACUGUCAGCCUAGCCACAAAAACUUUUUGAGGACUUUUCCCCAUUCAACAUCCUGAUUGAAAAUGAGAAAAUUGCAUUUGUAUUGCACUUUUGCAAGAUAUUGAAUUAAACGUCUGUUGUCAUCUUGCAACAUCAUCACAUGGCUACAAGCCCAAGUGAGGAUAGGCGUUAGGAUAUGGAAAGAACCCUGAAACUGUGUACAUAUUGUUUGUAUUUCCCUGCGGUGGUAUUCCAAGAACCUGGCUCAGUAUUAAACUGGGUUAAGUUAACAUUGAGGUAGUUGUAAAUCAUCUAAGAGAAGAGUCUGGAGUCCUCAUUUUAACUGAACGACAUCCGUAGCCUAUUUAUUACCAGGCUUACCACUUUCUGGAGGUUACCAUAGCCAGGUUUAUCAUUUAUCUAUUAUUUUUGGAGUACCAUCUGUUGUUACAUACACAUUCACUGUUUAUUUUUUUUCAACUGAAGUUAUUUUAGAGGAUUUUAAAGAGUAUGACCUCAUUUUGGAAUUCAUUCUUUGGUUGUAUGUGGUGCUCUGACUUUGCACUUUACUGUAAAUGGAUUGAGAAUGUUUCAAACAUAUAUUGGUUAAUAAUAAUAAAUUGGUUUACUUGUUGA